AUGGCACACAGAAUUGUUAUGUCUAUUCUUCCUUUUCUUCUACUCUUGUUGAUUAAUGAUCAUGGAAGCUUUGCAAGAGAUAUGAACCAAGUUGACCAGCCUUACCUUGAUGGUUGGCUAAAAAACACUCCACUAAAGAACCAAAAAUCCUCCCAUAACUCCAACCAAGUUUAUCUUGAUGGAUGGUUGAAAGAUACCCGAGCUGAGAAAGAAAACUCCAACCAAGUUUAUCUUGAUGGAUGGUUGAAAGAUACCCGAGCUGAGAAAGAAAACUCCAACCAAGUUUAUGUUGAUGGAUGGUUGAAAGAUACCCGAGGUGAGAAAGAAAACUCCAACCAAGUUUAUCUUGAUGGAUGGUUGAAAGAUAUCAGAGGUGAGAAAGAAAAGUUAAACCAUGACUCCAACCAAGUUUACCUUGAUGGAUGGUUGAAAGAUGCCCGAGGCGAGAAAGAAAAAUCCAACCCUGACUCAAACCAAGUUUACCUUGAUGGAUGGUUGAAAGAUACCAGAGCCGAGAAAGAAAAAGUGAACCCUGACUCCAACCAAGUUUACCUUGAUGGAUGGUUGAAAAAUACCCGAGCUGAGAAAGCAAAAGCCAACCUUAACUCCAACCAAGUUUAUCUUGAUGGAUGGUUAAAAGAUACUAGAGUCGAGAAUGCGAAAGCUUCCCCUGACUCCAAUCAAGUUUACCUUGAUGGAUGGUUGAAAGAUACUCAAGUCGAGAAAGCAAAAACCAACACUGACAUAAACCAAGUUUAUCUUGAUGGAUGGUUGAAAGAUAUCCGAGCUGAGAAAGCCAAAGCCAACCCUGACUCAAACCAGGUUUAUCUUGAUGGAUGGUUGAAAGAUACUCGAGCUGAGGAAGCGAAAGUCAACCCUGACUCCAACCAAGUUUACCUUGAUGGAUGGUUGAAAGAUACACGAUCUGAGAAAUUAAAUGUCAACCCUAACUCCAACCAAGUUUACCUUGAUGGAUGGUUGAAAGAUACCCAAGCCAAUAAUGAAAAAUCCAACAUUAACUCCAACAAAGUUUACCUUGAUGGAUGGUUGAAAGAUAUCCGGGAUUUGAAAGAAAAAUCGACCAUCGACUCCAACCAAGUUUACCUAGAUGGAUGGUUGAAAGAUACACAAGCAGAGAAAGAAAAUUCCUCCCCUGACUCUAACCAAGUUUAUCUUGAUGGCUGGUUGAAAGAUAGCCAUGUUGAGAAUGCAAAAUCCAUCUCGAAUUCCAAGCAAGCUUACCUUGAUGGUUGGUUGAAAGACUCGCAUGCAGAGAACCAUAUGAAGAUUAGACAUGAUUUUGCGGAAUCAAAUGAAAAUUUAUCUUCAAAAGUUGACCAUACAGAAGCAUUCAAGGUAGCUUUUUUCGGUAUAGAAGAUCUUUAUGUAGGGAAUGUAAUGACCUUGCAAUUUCCUAUCAGAGAAUAUGCUAAGUUCUUGCCAAGAAAAGUUGCCGAUGACAUUCCUUUUUCCAAAUCACAAAUUCCAAGCCUUCUACAACUAUUCUCACUCACAAAAGAUUCUACUCAAGGUGAAGACAUGAUAGACAUAAUUAAUCAAUGUGAGUUUAGACCCAACAAAGGGGAGACCAAGGCUUGUCCUACUUCUUUAGAGUCCAUGCUUGAAUUUGUUCAUAGUGUUAUUGGUGCCGAGACUAAUUAUGACAUUCACUCGACUAGCUAUCCCACGACAUCAGGUGCACAAUUGCAGAACUACACUGUUAUGGAUAUCUCAAAGGAUAUAUAUGCUCCUAAAUGGGUAGCAUGUCACCCUAGGCCUUAUCCAUACGCUCUUUACUAUUGCCACUACCUAGACAUAGGAAGUAAGAUCUUCAAAGUUCUUCUAAAGGGUGAAUAUGGAGACACAAUGGAUGCUUUGGGAAUUUGCCACCUAGACACAUCUGACAUGGAUCCUAAUCAUUUUAUAUUUGAACUACUUGGAAUGAAGCCCGGGGAAGGUCCAUUGUGCCAUUUCUUCCCUGUUAAGCAUGUCUUAUGGGUGCCACGCCCACCACAUGCCACCAAAUGA